GCGAGGGGUCGCGUCAAGUUGGCGUGGGUCACCGGCCGCAGUACCGCGCGUCGCUUCGUCUCGUUCGAUUCGUUUCCCUUUCGUUCUAGUCGUCUCGUCCUCGCUUUGUGUCGUCUUCUCUCGUUUUACUCCAAAGAGAAGUUAGCAGUCGUCAGUGCAAGGUAGCGCGUUUCGCGACGGAGAACACUUUUCAUAUAAGAGAAAAAAAAUGACGAUUACUUGAGGCGUCGGGAAGAUUCCGAACAAUAGAGGAAAAAGGAAAGAAAACAAAAGAAAAACAAAAUAAGAAAAAUAGAAAGGGAAAGAAGAAGAACAACAACCGAAACGAAGUACCAUAAAAACAUAGAGGUUCGGAUCGUUGUCCUUCCUCUAUUUUUUUUCUCUCUUUCUCUCUCUCUCUCUCUCUCUCUCUUUCUCUUUUUCUUUUUUCCUUUCUCUCUCGUUGAGAAGGAAUAGUGGUGGUGGUGGUGGUGGCAGCAGCGAGUCUCGAGGGAAGUACGAAAAGGAUGCGGUGCAUCGAGUCGUUGGCGUUCCUCGUCCUAUGCCUGCUGCUGAGGCUGAUUCUCGCGGAAGAUGGUGAUUUAUAUUUCUCAGUAAGUCCUGCUGAACAUUCGGUGGUCGAAGGACAUCCGGUUCGUCUUAGAUGCGAAGCUCAGCCGAGUACUUUCGUUCAAUACUCCUGGAAGAUCGAUGGAAAACCAUUGGCACCGAGUCCAAGAAGGCAUCACGUUGGCGGUGAUCUCUACAUAACUAGAGUCGAUCGGAUACUCGAUAGUGGAAACUUUGUUUGUGUAGCGACUCAUGUGGAAACUGGUUACUCGAUCGAGAGCUCGCCAGCUAAAAUCGACGUACAAUGGAUAAGCGAAGCAAGCGUUCAACUGCAGCAACCAAAAUUGCCAUCACCUAUUCAGGUUGGUGGCGAGGUUGAGCUACGAUGUCACGUCGAUGGAUCCGGAGACAUGAAAUACGGCUGGUUCAAGAAUACAGCAAGUAUAACGAAAAGCGAUAGACUUGAAAUAAAAAAGAAAAAAUUGCACAUACAUCGCGUUAUGCCAGAGGACAGUGGUAUGUAUACUUGUGUGGCACAAAACGAAGCUGGUUCCUCACCGAUUAGUGACAGUUAUCCUCUGGUUGUAACCGGAAACGAGACGGCCACAAUAAAACUCGUACCAAGGAAUUUAAUAGUUAAACGUGGUGAAUCAGCUGUCUUUGAUUGUUUCUUCGAGAAUGCUGAUGUUGUUCAGUGGUUUUUCAAUAACAUUGGACCUCUGGAAUCAGAUGAAGAAAAAACUGUCUUUGAUAACGGCACCCUCCUUAUACGCGCCGCUGAACACAGAGAUCAUGGUUUUUAUUCAUGUCAUGGACAAAGGAUUGACACCACACAGACAUAUACAGUCGAAUUGCGAAUCGCCUCUCUAAUGAAUCUCUCCGCGGCAUCUUUCGAACCCACUUUACCGAAUCAAGUGGCUAUAGUCGGCGAAGAUCAGGAACUACAAGUUAGCUGUUUGGAACCCUGCGGUGUACCGACUCCUAAGGUUUAUUGGAGAGAUCCCAAGGGUCAUAUUAUAAGUGACGCGGGUCCCAUUCGCGUUCAGGACAAUACGCUCAUUAUUGGGAAAGCUCAAAUAAACGAGGACGAUGGAAAUUAUACUUGCGUUGCUGAGAAUCUUGCCGGUGAGACUGACAUGUCCGUUCAAGUGGUAAUAUCAACACCACCAACAUUGAUCAAUUCGCCAGAAUCAUUAAGCGUGAUGGAAAGUGAGCCCGUUACAAUGACUUGUUCUUAUUCCGGUAUGGAAUCACCUGUUACACACGUUCGAUGGUUCAAAGAUGGCGAACCUUUGAAAGAAACUGGCGGACCAACUAGACAUCGUGUUACCGAUCAUCACGGUAACGUUACUUUACAUUUCAAAAGUGUUGACUUAUCGGACAAAGGUAUAUACGUUUGCGAGAUAGAAACUAAGGGUUUCCUACCCAUAUUCUCCGAUCCGGCUACGUUAACGAUCGAAGAGAAAUUGAAAUUUUCACCGCCUCCUGUCAACAAACGUUUAGAACUUGGAUCAACUGCUAAAGUUUCUUGCAAGGCUCAGGGUGCCACGAAUCCAAUGGUAAAAUGGAUCAAAGAAGGUGACGGUGAAGAUUUUCCUAAACACGUUCAAGAUAUCAAUGGGACACUUCAUUUCAAUGGUGUUUUAGAAGAGGACAAAGGUCGUUACACUUGCAUAGCUAGUAAUAUGCAAGGAUCAAUAAAUCAUACGAUUAACAUCGACGUAGUGAUUGCACCAAAGUUCACGAUACAACCACAAAAUCCUACCGAAGCUAUUGAAGGUUACCCGGUGAUGUUGCAUUGUGCUGCCGAAGGCGAUCCUAAACCUACCAUUCAAUGGGAUAAAGACUCCCGUAUGAAUAAUUUGGAAAAUCCACGUUUCGAGGUACUUUCUAAUGGAAGUCUUUACAUCAAGGAGGUAUAUCUCGGUGAUGAAGGAAAGUAUGGUUGCACGGCUGGUAAUAGUGGAGGUUUAAAGAGAGAGGAAGUUCAGUUAAAUGUGAAAGCCGGUGACAGCUAUAGGUCGGAUUUGGAUUUGGAAGUUGGUGACGAUGGUUCGAUGAUGACAAAGACGGUCACUAUUACUCUCAGUGCUGCUGCUGCUUAUAUGGUUCUGGUCGUUGGUCUUAUGUUGUACUGUCGUUAUCGACGUCGUAGGAGGAAGCAACAGUAUCUUCAAGAACAAGCUGAGGAAAAAUUAGAGAACGGCGAAGUACAGGAAGAACAAACGGAAUUGAAGGAGACCAGUCACAAAACUAAUUCAACGAGUAAAAAGAAGGAAAAUCGUGAUUCUCAAAACAAGAGCGACGGGGCUGACACAGCACAAAGUCAAAGUAGCAAUCAAUCGAAGAGAUCGAAGUCGAAUUACGAUAAGAUAGCGGUAUCGCGUACGAAUUUGAAGGAACUUAAACCAUUGGGUAGAGGCGAGUUCGGUGAGAUUUAUGCUACGAAGUAUCAAUUGGACGGUGAUAAGGAAAGUUUGGUUAUGGUUAAAAGUUUGACCAAUACGAAGGACGAGAUUGCAUUGCAGGAGUUCAAACGUCACUUGGAUCUCUUGCAUAAACUCAGUCACGAGAAUGUUGUCAAGUUGAUUGGACUAUGUCGCGAGGAGGAACCGGAUUAUAUGAUUUUGGAAUAUACCGAUUGGGGAGAUCUCAAACAGUUCUUGAUUGCGUCAAGAAAGGACAACAAUAGUAGUCCAUCGCAUGAGUCUAAACCACCACGUGCCCCUCAACUCUCUGUGGCACAGAUAUUGUCCUUAUCAAAUCAGGCCGCGAGAGGUUUGAAACAUUUAGCUGACAGUCGAUUGGUCCAUAAGGAUAUAGCAGCACGUAAUUGUCUGAUCGCAAGUAAUCUAACCAUCAAGAUAUCUCUACCUUGCAUGAGUAAGGAACCGUAUCAUCAAGAAUACACGAAACAUCGGAACCAAGUGAUACCUCUAAGAUGGCUACCUUAUGAAGCUGUCUAUGAGGACGAAUAUUCUACCAAGAGUGACGUAUAUUCUUUCUCCUGCCUUGUAUGGGAAAUGUUUCAUCAGGGUGAAUUACCCUUUAACAAAAUGAACGACGAAUCCGUUCUUGCUCAAUUAAAGUCAUUGACGUUAACGUGGAAACCGCAUAAAGCGGCACCGCCAACCUUGCAGGAACUUCAGAUACAGUGUUGGGCGAACGAUCCCAGAGAGAGGCCAACCUUCGACGAGGUUGUCUCGAAAAUAGGUGAAAUCGUCGUCGAUAGUUGUCUCUAAUUUAUUCGUCGUUGUCGUCGUAAAAUAAAAAAAAAAAAAAAAGAAAGAAAGAAAGGAAGAUAGAAAAGGAAAAGGAAAGGAAAGGAAAAGAAAAGAAAAAAAAAAGAAGAAAAAGACGAAAAAAACGAACCUCCAAAUUUACUGAAUAUUGCGAUAGGGAUAAUAAUUGUGUAAGGUUGUUUUAACCGCAAACGACGUUUAAUUGCGAAACGUUAGUUAAGCUUGCUUCGAUGUGAAAACCGGAAAUAAUUUGAAAAACGAAACCAAACCAAAUCGUCCAAGAUUGCAAGAUAUUAAGUGCGUUCUCUUUCUCAUCGAGUGUGUAUAUAACCGUAUGUUUAUAUCGUCGUUUUGAUAAAAAUGAAUGAAAGAAAGAAAAAAAAAAGCAAAAAGAAGAAUUAAACUUUAUUUUGCAUGAAAGGCAUAAAAGGAUAUUCAUAGAAUAAUUAAG